CUCCCUACGGCCCUAGCGCUUCCGGGGAGGGUCGGGGAGGAGGCUGUAGCUUGGAGGGUUGGCUCUGCCAUGGGGAAGAAGCACAAGAAACAUAAAGCCGAGAAGGCGGAAUGGCGCUCGGCCUCCACCACCGCAUACAGCGAUUAUGUGGAUAAACCUUUGGAAAAACCUUUAAAGCUGGUGCUUAAAGUUGGAGGAAGUGAAGUGACUGAACUUUCUGGGUCAGGGCAUGAUUCUAGUUACUAUGAUGACAGAUCAGAUCAUGAGCGUGAACGACAUAAAGAAAAGAAGAAAAAAAAGAAAAAAAAGUCUGAGAAGGUAAAAGAAAAGCAUCUAGAUGAUGAGGAAAGAAGAAAGAGAAAGGAAGAGAAAAAGAGGAAAAGGGAGAAAGAACAGUGUGACACUGAAGGAGAAACUGAUGACUUUGAUCCUGGGAAAAAAGUGGAGGUUGAACCUCCUUCAGAUCGUCCUGUCAGAGCAUGCAGAACUCAGCCAGCUGAAAACGAGAGCACACCUAUCCAGCAAUUACUAGAACACUUCCUUCGCCAGCUUCAAAGGAAAGACCCUCAUGGUUUUUUUGCGGUUCCAGUCACAGAUUCCAUUGCUCCUGGAUAUUCCAUGAUAAUAAAACAUCCCAUGGAUUUUGGUACUAUGAAGGACAAAAUUGCAGCAAAUCAAUACAAAUCAGUCACUGAAUUCAAGGCAGAUUUUAAAUUGAUGUGUGAUAACGCAAUGACUUACAACAGACCAGAUACGGUUUACUACAAGCUAGCCAAGAAGAUACUGCACACAGGCUUUAAGAUGAUGAGCAAAGAACGGCUGUUAGCUUUGAAGCGCAGCAUGUCGUUUAUGCAGGACAUGGAUUUUUCUCAGCAGGCAGCUCUUUUGGGUGAUGAAGAUACAGCAGUUGAGGAACCUGUCCCUGAAGUUGUUCCUGUACAAGCAGAGACUACCAAGAAAUCCAAAAAGCAAAGUAAAGAAGUUAUUAGAGAGAAAUUCUUAGCUAAGCAAAUGGAAGAAGAUACUUCAGGAGAGAGAAAUGGAUUUGGUGUGAGGAGAUCCUCUACUCAAUACCUAAGUUGCAUAUUUGAACCAGAGGGAAAUGCAUGCAGCCUGACAGAUAGCACUGCUGAAGAACAUGUCCUGGCACUAGUGGAACAUGCAGCAGAUGAAGCUCGGGAUAGGAUCAAUCGCUAUCUACCCAACAGCAAGAUUGGUUAUCUGAAAAAAAAUGGAGAUGGAACUUUGUUAUUUAGUGUAGUAAAUUCAUCUGAUCCAGAAGCAGAAGAGGAAGAAGCUCACCCAGUGGAUCUGAGUUCCCUGUCAAGCAAAUUAUUGCCAGGCUUCACUACACUGGGCUUUAAAGAUGAACGAAAAAAUAAAGUAACCUUUCUUACAAGUGCUAGUACAGCACCUUCCAUACAAAACAACUCUAUAUUUCAUGAUUUGAAAUCAGAUGAAAUGGAACUACUGUAUUCAGCAUAUGGUGAUGAAACUGGGAUACAGUGUGCCUUAAGUUUACAAGAAUUUGUGAAGGACACUGGAAAUUACAGCAAGAAAAUAGUAGAUGAUCUUCUGGACCAUAUCACUAGUGGAGAUCAUUCCAAAACUACUUAUCAGCUAAAGCAGAGGCGAAACAUCCCAGUAAAAAUGCUGGAUGAAGUUAAAGUUGUGCCAGUUGUCAUAAAAGAAGAACACAAGUUGCAUAAUACCUGUCUGGAUUCUUCCAAACAGACUAUGGUUGGAGAAUCUGCUGGAGACAGUAGCACUUCUGAUUUGGACUUUCUCUCUAUGAAACCGUAUUCAGAUGUAUCUCUUGAUAUUUCUAUGUUAACUUCGCUAGGGAAAGUGAAGAAGGAGCUUGAUCAUGAUGAUAACGAUUUACAUCUGGAUGAAACAACUAAGCUGCUGCAGGACCUUCAUGAAGCUCAGGCUGACAGAGUGGGAUCCCGGCCAUCAUCCAAUCUGAGUUCCCUCUCCAAUACCUCUGAAAGAGACCAACAUCAUCUUGGAAGCCCUUCUCAUCUAAGUGUUGGAGAACAACAAGACAUGGCUCACGAUCCCUAUGAAUUUCUUCAGUCUCCAGAAACCUCAAAUGCCACUACUAACUAAUCUGUAUAUAUUUUGUAUUUAAAUUGUAAUAUGUUUUUCUAAAGUUUUUGUCCAUGGCAGAAACCUAAGUUUUUCCCCCUUUUCUGUGAGGUUGCCUAUCUAUUAUUAUCAUAUAUGCUGGAUUAAACAAAAGAAAAAUACCUAGUUAGUACAUCAUUUUGUUAGCCAUGUACCAAAACCUGCUCCUGAUUUGUUUAUUGAAGGAGGUUGCUGUAUACUCGUCUGUAAAUCUUGAGUGAAAAGCAACAAAUUAUGUGUUAAAAACCCCUGUUAUUUUAUAGAAACUAAACCUGAUAAUUUUCCCGGUGUCAUGGCAGCAGUCAUGAAAUGUUUCUAGUAAAAUUAUCUACCAAACAUCUUCAUGGAGGAAUAUUUCAUUUCAGCACUGACAGAAUUGCAUGAAUUGUCAUCAUUAUUAUGUUUCUCAUCUCCUAACCCUAAUUAUCUGUAGGAGUUCAGUCCUAAAUCCAUAUUGUUAAAUCUUUUUUUUAAUCACUCUAGAGAAUACUUACUUUGAGAGUAACGGUAUUCUGUACUUGCAUUGAAGUGCUCAUUGCAAGAAUUCUACCCUGGAUCUAAAAAAGAUUAAUGUUUUUGUGAUCCCUUGUGUCAUGAAACACGAACAAAAUACGAUUCUUAAUAUUUUAAAUUUGGCAUAUAUAUUUACUUGGGUGGGAAAAAUACUGGAUAAGGUGUGCUUUUCAGUAAUUUUAUAGUAAAACUUCUAUAAUUUAGUACUGAUGUAACGGAGGGGUUUUAUACCAUUGGUAUGUGCAAGCUGGACAAAUGUCAUGAAUUUACAGUAUUUUGUAAAUACUAAUAAAAAUACAAAAGCA